GUAAUUUUUUCAUUUCAAACUUUUAUCAUUGUAUAAAAGCUUUUAUUUCAGAAAAGGAUAAUGGUUUGCCUGAGAACACACCAGAUAACUCUCUUUUUCUGUCUACGAACCCUCUUGACUUCUCUCGCAAAAAAAGACGAAAUUUUUCUGAGGAAGGCCACAACCCGGGUUGACCUUAUAGAACCUUCUAUGGCAAUAUGGUCCGGACAUUUCCCCCGUCGUAGCUACUGUGUCUCAAAGUGUACCCAGGAACCGGACUGUGUGUCGUUAUUGUACAACAUGGCUAACGGAUCAUGUGACCUCUUCAACGUGAUCUACGGCAGUGACGAAAGCGGUCAAAUCGACUAUUACUGGAUACUACAGAAAGGUGGUUCUAGAUGGGUUCCAGAGUCGUGCCUCAACCUAUCAACUUGUUCUGGGAUAACAAAGGACGGAGAGUACUGGGUCUAUCCACCUGUUACAAAUCGGAGAACGAAAAUAUACUGUCACAACCUAGCGACUGAACCUUCACAUUUUAUAACUUUGAAAUACUCCAACAAUUUUAUCAUUCAUGACAAGUCAAAUUGGAUAAUACAGCACAAAGAAUGCCAAUCAUCUAUUCAACCUCCAUUGAAAAAGACGGAGUUUUUUAAAGUUAAAUUAGAGACAGAGAUCAUGAUGGUAAAUGAAAGCGAUUUCACGUUCACUUCGCAGACAGGGUCGGAACCAAUGCAGUAUGGAUAUGCUGACGACUGUAACGGGGGGCAAUUCAGGGACCCUUGUCCUCACUUUGGGUCAGCCACCAUUGAUACUAGAGGGACUGGACUGAUCGUUGAUCCUACAACUGAGUUUGUCACGAUUUCUCCUUCUCAUGCGGGAGGCGUAAAAGAUUUAGUUCGUUCAGUCGCCGGUGAUCAGAUUUCAUUCACCUGUGCUGGUUGGUGUGGCAAAUGUGGACCAAGCCCUGGACCAAUCAGUUUCAAGCAUUCUACGGAAUUUAGUUCAGCUGCUGAAGCUCAAGUCGUUAUUUGUAACAAGUGAAUCGCAGUUUUUUUAAUGUCAAUAUUAUAAACAAUCUUUAAAAUCUUUACGCAAUUUACCUGUAUAUCUUAUUUUUCAAUGUUUAUUGCAAGAUAUUCGAAUAUACUAGCACAUAUUACUACAGUCAAAAUAUUCAUUGCAUAAUUAUUCUUUUCAUUCAAACAAUUGUAAUAUCUGUAAUUGUAAUAAUGAAGUUAUAGAAGCUCCGGUUGAUUUUUUCCACAACAAGCUUGCGAGGGAAUUACAUCGUUUAA